AUGGACCAAGUUUCAAUUGAAAUGAGUUCAACACCACGUCCAACAAUGGUGAAAUCAAAAUCACAACUAAGUUUGAGAAGAUCACUUACAAUUACUUUUAAAGAUCUUGCCUAUUCUGUAACAGUUAAAAAGAAGAAAAUGCAAAUUCUUAAAGGUGUAAGUGGUACUGUAACCCCUGGUGAAUUAGUUGCAGUUUUUGGUCCAUCUGGUAGCGGUAAAACAACAUUAUUGGAUAUUUUAGCAAAUAGAAAAGAAAGUGGAGAAAUUUCAGGAGCAGUAUUAAUCAAUGGAAAUGAAAUUGAUGAUGAUUAUAAAAGAUUAUGUAGUUAUGUUGUUCAAGAAGAUGUUUUAUUACCAACCAUUACAGUACGUGAAACACUUAGAUUUUAUGCCGAUUUAAAAUUACCAAAAAGUUGGACUGAAAAAGAAAAACAUGAAAGAAUUGAACAAAUUUUAGAACAAAUUGGUUUAUCACAUAGAGCUGAUGCAAAAAUUGGUGGUGUUUUACCAGGUGGUAUUGUAUUAAGAGGUUUAUCUGGUGGUGAAAAAAGAAGAGUUAGUAUUGGUUGUGGUUUAGUUACUUCACCAAGUAUUGUAUUAUUAGAUGAACCAACAUCUGGAUUAGAUACAACUAGUGCAAUGGCAGUAAUGAAAACAUUAGUUGAAUUAACACAACAAAAAAGCGUAACAGUAAUUUGCACAAUUCAUCAACCACGUUCAGAAAUUUUCAAAUUAUUUACAAAGAUUAUGGUAUUGGCAGAGGGUCGUUUAGUUUAUUAUGGUAAUAGACCAGUUGAACAUUUUACAGAGAUUGGAUUCCCAUUCCCAGAUCAAACCAAUCCAGCAGAUUAUAUAUUGGAUGCUGUAACCACGAUUAAAGAAGAAGGUAGAGCGGAUGAAAUUGCAGAUAGAUUACAAUCAUCCUAUUUGGAUCAAGCGAAUCAAGAAUCCAGUUCAACCUUAACUCAAAGUCAACUUGGUAUUAUAAAUGCGUCAGGCAAAAGAAAGAUCAAUGCUUAUAAUAAUGGUUUAUUUACUCAAUUUUUAGUAUUAUGGAAGAGAACUGGUUUGGAUUUCAUACGUAAUCCAAGUAAUUGUUUGGUUCGUUUUGCUGUGGCAGUAUUUGUAGGCUUAUUAUUUGGUGCAUGUUUUAGUGGAUUGGGAAUGGACGAAAAAGGUGUUCAAAGUAGAAGUGCUGUACUCUUUUAUUUGGUUAUCAAUAUGAUUCUUCAACCAUUUGCUUCAAUUAGUUUGUUUAUUAGUAAAAGAACACUUUUCAAUGCAGAAAGAGCUUCAAAACUUUAUCACACCCUUCCAUAUUAUUUGGCUUUGAUGUUUUUUGAAAUCUUGGCUUGUAUUGGUACCGCUUUCAUUUUGGGUACCAUUACCUAUUGGUUUGCAGAUUUAAAUCCUGGUGCUGACAAAUACUUUUUCGCAAUGGCAAUUUUAACUUUAGCUCAUUUAGCUGGUGAUUUCUUUAUGUUAAUAAUUUCUUGUAUAACAGUUCAAGUUGAUACUUCAUUUGCUGUUGGUGCUGGUGUUGCAACAAUUUAUCAAUUAUUUGCUGGUUUCUUUGUUCCAAUUAAUGCACUUCCAAAAUCAUUUGAAUGGUUACAUUGGUGUAAUUUUGUGUAUUAUUCAUUUGAAGCAUUAAUGCACAAUGAAUUUGUUGGUGAAACAGUAAAUUGUGGUCAAUUAGCUUGUCCAACUGGAAGAGAUGUUCUUAUUAAUUUAGGUUUAAAUAAUAGAGGAAAAGGUAUUAAUUUAAUUAUUGUAUCAUCGUUUGCCUUUGCAUUCUUUACAAUGGUUUUCCUUUGUUUACAUUACUUCCAUAGAGAAAAAAGAUAA